GGAAGGGCAGCCGGUGCGGCCGCUGCUGCCAUUUUAAGGAACUCCUUUCGUUGCGGCCUUCUCGUACAAGGCGGCCUUCAUGGUGGUUGUAAGCUUUAGACGACGGUAAAAAGUCAUCUGGCUGAUAGAUUUUCUGUCUCUGGUGUCGCUAGAACGGCCAGUCCGCGUUCGAAGGUGGAGGCGAUAGAAGCCGGGAGCGUUUGAAGACAGGCCAGCGGUUAGUCACAGCGUCGCUUGGAAGGAUGGGCCGGUCUCGGAGCCGGAGUUCGUCCCGUUCCAAACACACCAAGAGCAGCAAACACAACAAGAAGCGUAGCCGGUCCCGAUCACGGUCCCGGGACAAGGAGCGAGUGCGGAAGCGUUCGAAAUCCCGGGAAAGUAAGCGGAACCGCCGGCGGGAGUCGCGGUCCCGCUCGCGCUCCACCAACACUGCCGUGUCCCGGCGCGAGCGGGAACGGGAGCGCGCCUCGUCCCCGCCCGACCGCAUCGACAUUUUCGGGCGUACAGUGAGCAAGCGGAGCAGCCUAGACGAGAAGCAGAAACGAGAGGAGGAGGAGAAGAAAGCAGAGUUCGAACGACAACGAAAAAUUCGGCAGCAGGAAAUAGAAGAAAAACUCAUCGAGGAAGAGACAGCACGAAGAGUGGAAGAAUUGGUGGCAAAGAGGGUAGAGGAAGAAUUGGAGAAAAGGAAGGAUGAAAUUGAGAGAGAAGUUCUCCGAAGGGUGGAGGAAGCCAAGCGCAUCAUGGAAAAGCAGUUGCUCGAAGAACUCGAGCGACAGAGACAAGCUGAGCUUGCAGCCCAAAAAGCUAGAGAGGAGGAAGAACGUGCAAAACGUGAGGAGCUAGAGCGAAUACUGGAAGAGAAUAACCGAAAAAUUGCAGAAGCACAGGCCAAACUGGCUGAAGAACAGUUGAGAAUUGUUGAAGAACAAAGAAAGAUUCAUGAGGAAAGGAUGAAACUAGAACAAGAGCGACAACGUCAACAAAAAGAAGAACAAAAAAUUAUCCUGGGCAAGGGGAAGUCCAGACCAAAACUGUCCUUCUCAUUAAAAACCCAGGAUUAAAUUGCAAACUCUGAACUUUUUACAAAGAAAAAUGGAAAAACUUUGUAUGGUAGCUUCAUGUUGAAGUGGUUUUUUUGUUUCAUUUUUUUUUCUUGUUUUUGUUUUUUUUAAUUUGGAAAAUCUGGAAAGUUAGCUUGUUCUAAUAGGGGCUAUGCUCUGCAAUUCUUUUUUUUUUUUUUUUUUUUCCCUUUCCUUAACUUCCAUUAAGUCAAAUCCUUAUCAGAUCAUUGUUGUUCUUCUAAAAAGUGAUAUAUUUUUCACCCGUUUGGAUUCUGUAUUAGUGGUCUGAUGCAGCAGAUCACUGUAAACUGUGGGUGGUCUGAUAAGGUUUUUACUGACCCACUGGCUUCAGAGUUAUACUCUGUUUAUUACACCAUAAUGCUGGUUUUGCUGACUUUUUGUUUUUUUAUAUAUUUAUAAAAAAAGAAAAAGUUGGUAAUUGCAUUGGAAAAAUCCCAGGGUAUUACUGGACCUAUGUGGUGUAUUGUUAAACCAGUGUCCUUGUGAUACUGUUGCUCUUGAUGUUCCUGAUACAGGUAAGGAAACAGUUGGUCAACUCUGAUACAAAAUAUAUAUACAGUUCAGUAUUGUCUCUGUUCAGUUUGUUUUUAUUUCAUUUACAAAAUCAAACCAGCAUUCCCCCUUGUGUAAAUAAAUGAUUUUGCUGAAUAAAGUAAAGUCUUAAAUUCAUAUGUUUAAGCAAUUUUUUUUAAAGUUCUGUAAAGUCUUAAAGAGGGUGGUUUACUUUUUGAUGGUCAACAACUCAAAAGUCUUAGAACUAUGUUUUAUUUCCUCUCAUUUUUACUUCUAACGUAGGAUUUAUAUGUACAUUAAAUAUACUUGUUAAUUAGUAUUUUAUAAAUACCUACUUUAUGCUGAUCAAGCAAUUGUGACAUCAGUAUUACCUUUGAGACAGACUGACAGCGCCUAGGAAAAGAUUUAAAUUCUCAAAUGUGUGCCUCUGAUUUUUAGGAUUUAAGUGUUAUCACCACAAACUGUGCUUUAAAAAGACUAGGAAAAAUGUCUCUAAAAAUUUAUGGAAUCUAAGAUUAUUUUCAAAGUGGGUCAUCAGAAAGAACUUAGCAUUGUACUUUCAAAAAUGGCUAAGGUAGUCAAAUCAUUUCAGUAUAGAGUACUUGCACGUUUAUAUUUGCAAGACACAUUUAAACUUCUUAACUUUUUUUUGCAUGUGGUAUUCUAUGGAUAAAUUUUUCUUCCAUUUUAUACCCUAGAAUCUGCCUCAUUUAUCCCUACAUAUGUUUGUGUUAAAUUUCAACUGGUAUUAAGACAUUUAUUCAAGAGAAGAAUGUGGAUAUAAAAAUGCUACCUGAGAUGCAUAAACAUGUCAUCAUAGUAAAGAAAAUGUUCCCUAGUAUUUUUGAGACAGUUUGAUCAUUCUUUAAAAUUGAAAACAUAAGUUAAUGAGAUGACUAAAUGAUAGAUUAUUUUGUGUGUGCAUGCUAAGAAAAAUGCUAUUGCUUUAGUUCUGAGCUCUUCAAUGAGUUUCAGUUGUGGUAAAGAAUAAAAUCAGCAGUUUAUCUUUAAAGAUAGAAUUUUAAAUAGACAUGAACUGUAGUAAGAACUGAUGUUAAGUGAACAUACCUAUUACUAUAAAAUCAAAGAUUCAUUUCAUUCCCUUAAAGAAUAUUGAUUGCCUAUGAAUCUUUUGUAAUCUCAACAUAUAGGUUAGCUCUAAUUAUUUCAUGAUGAUUACACAUUUUAUGUAAAUUUUUUUUGGUGGGGUGGGGUGCAGAUCAGUUGUUCCUAAGCUCUCUGUUCAAGUUUUGAAAAUGUUUAAAAAUUGUUUGCUAUACAUAUUUUCUAAACAUUGUAUCUGCCUGGACUUAAAAUUUUGCAGUCAGCUUUUGCGUGCCUUUUUAAUUUUUUUAAAAUUUAUUACUGCCACAUACAAUGUGAAAUCACAGUAAGUUGCUUAAUGACAUUGCAGUAGGUAGCUGCUUGUUGGAGACUCAUUUCAGAUAUUGAAAUUGUUCCUGCUUGGUAACUGACUACUAUUCUCUGCUAGGCUACAAGAAAGAAGAUGUAAUUGUUAAUAAUAUACACCCAGUCUUUUCUGUACUGCAACAAUGUAGUAACAUGUUUUCUUCAUUUGUUUCCACUGCCUUUGUGUACUUAAGAGUUUAAAUUCUAUCUCAAUUUAUUAGUAGUUAGGAUGCUCCCUAAUUUAUUAAAUAUGCUUUUAUUCAAAAUUUGCUCUUUAGGUUAUUCUUAAUGGAUUAUAGGAUUAACUAAUGAGUUUGUUUAUUUUUAUUACAGUAUUUUAAAUAUGUAGUUAUUGCCAUUUAUAUUGUGGAGUCUGCAGAGUCAUCAAUUGUAUAAACUAAACCUUUAAAUUAGCUUGGUGUGAGGACUCUUUAAUGUUUGCAAAUAGGGGACGGGGCUUGUAGAUCAAGAUUUACCACUUCAGUUUCCUAUGAUAUAGCUAUGAAGAUAGCAAAUUAGAUUGUUACUGUCCUUACUUAAUCAUUUAGUUGUGUUAGUAUAAUAUGUCCAUAGCUUUUUUGUAUCACCACCUUUCCUAGAUAAAGCAGUACCUUAAGAA